AUGGCACGCGCGGUGCUGGCAGCAGGAACCCUGCACGGUGAAUACUACGGUGCAACAGAUUCCAGUGGACAAAUACUGGGAUUCAUAUUGGCAAUACCUCCCGGACGAGACCUCUUUAGCACUGAGGUCGAGCGUGAGCUUGGCUUCAACGAAUUUAUGGAUAAGCUAUCCGACGCCGGAAAAGAAUAUUUCAAAACUACUUACACGAACAAAUUUCACGAACUCGUGGAAGAAAGCCUUGGUCCAAAGGGUAAUCUGAAAUCGUUCUGGAUCUACAUGGUUAUGGUCCGCCCGGAGUACCAGAGGAAAGGCAUCGCCAGAGCUCUCAUGGGGCUCUUGCGAGAGAAGGCGUCGAGUUUGGGCCACCCCGUUGCGUUGAGCACGACAAACCCUAAUAAUGUUGUCGUGUACCAGAAGAUGGGAUUUGUAUUGAAGGGACAGGCAAUAAUGCCCUCACCUUGGGCGGAUUGGCCGAUAUAUGUCUUGUCUACGUCCUGA